UGUUGUUGGGAACAAAAUUGAAGAUGAAAUCCACACAAAGGCCUUGUGUCUUGCUGUGCAGGUGCCACAGCGGAAACUCUUCAGCGUGAUAACACAUGAAGACAUUUUCAAGCAGAUCAUGGAAACUGGAAAUCAAAAGGGAAAAAAAGUUAAGGAUGUGCCUAUGUACCAUGAGGUGACUGAAGUAGCCAAAGCCAUUCUGGAAAGUGGAGAACCAAUUCCUAUAACACUGAUUGGAAAGCUAUUGAAAUUUCAAUUGCUUUGCUUCAAGCAGAAAGACCUUCAGAGAAGAGAAGCUGAAAAGAAGGCAGAAGAAGAGCGAAAAAUGGAAAAAGACAGAGGGAUAGACAAAUCUAAACCUCCUGGCAAGAAGGAAAAAAAACCUAAUGCCAAGAUAGCUGAGAAAGAAAUGAAAGGAAAAAAGACAGAAGCAGCCCCUCCAGCGGCAAUUACUGUCAAAAAGGACACCAAAUUAAAGCGACGGGGAGAAGAGGAAAAGGAAGACAAAUACAUUG